UCACAACAUUUAUUUAUUUGUCUGAUACUUUGGCAUUUUUCUGCUUCCUCCUCUGAAACGUGUGUUUCCUCUCCAGCUCAGCGGGUGGGGGUGUGUAACACCUCCGGCAGCGGCACAGAUCUCCCCGGUCAGGCUGGUGACGUGGCUGAUACUCACGGCCCCCUGCCCAAGAACACCACCCUCUUUAUGGGUUUCGCCUUCAUGCUGACUGCCUCGUCCGAGAUCGACCGGCUGACCAACAAGAGCGCCAGCGACGAUGAGGACGAUUACGUGGAGACGGGUCCGUAUAACAAAGCAUACACAGAGUCUCAGCUGCAGGCGGGGGGGGGCUUCGUCCUGGCAGACUUCAAUGAAGAACAAUGUAAGGCAGCCUAUCAGAGCCUGCUGAUUGCAGACCAGCACUGCCGCACCAGGAAGUACCUGCUGUGUUUGGCCAGCGGUGUGCCGAGUGUGUCGCACAUCUGGGUGAGAGACUGCUGCAAAGAGAACAAGCUGCUCAACUACAGGAACUACCUGCUGCCCGCCGGAGCGGGGCCCGACGAGGCCAUAGUGGAGUGGCAUCCGCGCUGCAGCCCGUUCAAAGCCUUGCGGGUCCUUCUGGUGUUUGAGAAGCCGGUGGAGCUUUGGGCGCAGCUGAUCACCAUGGGUGGAGGUUCGUCUGUCCGACACUUCCAGACGGACAAGGACGGCUCAGACAUUCCUGCGGGCAAGUACGACCUCGUGGUGACAGACAGUGCCUGCCCGCCAUUGGUGGAGAAAAACGUGACAUCACAGGAAGUCCCGCUAGUGUCCCCCGAGUGGAUCAUCCAAAGUGUCAUCCGCGGGGAGCGCAUGGGUUUCCACAGCAAGCCUCAGUAUCGCCAUGACUACUCUUCCUCUUCCUCCUCCUAAUCACAUGUUAAAUGCCUUGGACCAUGAUAAAUGUUCAGCAUUAGAUCCAUUGCAUGCCUCUGCUGUAUAUAAGUUUCUCCUGUCUGUUUUUAUGGGACAUUAAAACAGUGACCUUGUGGUUUCAUUUUAA